AUGAGAAAUACAUACCAGAUGAUACUAAGACCUGGAGAGAAAGCGGUCAUAGACCAGGAUCUCACUAACUGGAUCAAGGUCCAGCCAUACGCGCCACUCAAAGAUGAUACUGAGACUUGUGGUGGGUAUGGCGGAAGAGUCUGUUUCCGCAGCUUUCCUGGUCAAGGAAAGACCAUCAUCACCAAGAGCUCCCUCGCUAUCCAUCUUCUCAGCUUCGCUAUGGGCGGGCACACAUUGCUGGAAAAACCGAACCUCUCUGUCCCUUCUCAGUGGGUAGAGAGUCUCACCCAGCAACUACCCAUCAAAUGGACCAGACUAUCAGGCUCGAUGGUUGCCAAGACAUUGCGUGCCGCCUUGACUUUCGGAGUCCUGGGCAAUGGGUUUCUUCUCUACGUGCUGGUAGCCUCUGCGAAUAUGUCGUUUGUGCUCAACACUGCCUAUAGGAUGGAAGAGGAACAUGAGGUCCACCGCUCUCGUGGCUUCAUUUGGUUGGCCUCUGCAGCCUCGAUUUAA